AUGAGUGUUCCACCGCCUUACGGCUCGCUGUCAGCUCGGUCGAGUCCAAGCAGACGAGCUUUGGACUGGGAACACGAGCAUCUGGCGGUGCGACGACUUUCCUCUCCACGGGGUCUCGACCUGCUUACUCCACCUCCUCUUCCUCGGCGACCCUCUGCGAUCCCUGGCUAUCUGCUUUCACCAUACCAAGAGCAGGAGGAGCAGCUCCAUCAACAGCAGCAGCGAUUAUCCUUGUCUGUCUGCUCAGAGGCCUCCCUGGCGCCACCUGUACCUCCACCUGUGGGUACUUCCCCACCCUGCUGCCGCCCAGUGGGAGUCAUGCACCUCCUGCGCCUGGGUCUCAUGGCCUUCAGCUGCCUCUUCUGGGCAGCCGGCUUGGCCAUCUUCACCCUGGGUGUGUGGGCACAGAUUUCACUGGCAGACUUCAUGCUCCUUUCUGCCAAUCGCUACCCAAACGCCCCAAUCAUCCUUCUGUCCACAGGUGCUGCCAUCACCGCUUGGGGCUUCCUGGGUUGUCUGGGGGUGGCUGCAAACCUGCCCUGCGUUCUUAGGGCUUAUGGGUUCUUUCAACUUGCUGCACUUAUUGCCGGUUUGGCUGCUGGACUCUCAGGUCUCUUCUAUCGUGAAGACAUUGCCGGAGGAUUUCGCAGCGGCUUACUGCGAGCGGUGGCCGGAUACACAGAGGAUGAAGGCCGUGCCGAUGCAUUAGACAGCCUGCAGAGGGCCCUGGAGUGUUGUGGAGCUGAGGGUUGGCGUGACUGGCUCACUUCAGACUGGGCUAUCCAGCAUAUGACCUUCCUGCCCGCAGAGAACGGCACCUCGUUGUCCCUGCCGGACAGCUGCUGCAUGAGGCGUAAGGGCUGCAAGAAUCGGCCACUUCUGUCAGAUGAUAACGAAGGAGUGGCAGCUGCAGGAAUCCAUCCACACGGCUGCUUCCGCAAAGUUUUCAGUUUGGUCAACGACAACGUCUUCCACAUUGCCGCCACUGUGUUAGGACUGGCCUUCACCCAGAUAGGAGGAAUUGCGCUGGCUUGUCUGCUGGCCAACAAACUGGCCCCAAGACAGCAGCAACGUGUGGUGGCACAUUAAUGGUCAAUUAAAAAAACAGGCAAACUAACCUGGAUUGACGAAUUUGUAAAUAAUUAGGAUUGGAAACUAUGGAGUAAUAGAGUUGCGAAGUGGCAAAUUAUCUCAGACAUCUUGAUAAAUUUUAUG